UUCCUCUCUAGGAGGGUUUCCUGGCUUUUUUUUUUUAUAUAUAUCGAGGGAAACGACAAGCAGAGAGGAAGCAACAGGGUGUGAUUCGUGCCACAACUGCUGCUCACAGGUUGAAACCUAAACAGAACUCAUGUUAUAUGGAUCACCAAGAAAACUCCUUUGUCCUGCCAGGAGAAUGCAGAGUCAAACUGGUAACCCAGGAGGAAAUUUCCCAAAUUAGGCUCCAGUAGGAAAAUAAUUAGGAAGGGAACAAGGCAAAGGACUGAGGUGCUAGUGGAACCAUUGAAGUGGAGGUGACACAGGUGUUUACUCAGCAAAGGUAGAUAUUCUCACUUGGGUUGGAAGUGUAAUGUGCUGUAGGUGGUGCUGGGUGUGCAAAGGGAACCAGUGGGAUGUUAAGAUGGUGUAAGCCUCUUACCCAAUGCAUGUAAGAGGGAUUUAAUGCCUGUUUCACUGCUGGAUCCCCUGUUGCAGGCAUCUCCUUGUUCACUGCUGGUGUGUAAUUCCUUGGUUUGCAUGUUCCUUUUCCCUUGGUGUGCAAUUCCUGGGUUUAAGCACUCCCUAUGCUAUUUGUGUCCAUUAACAACAUGGUGUUACCUUUUCCCAGGGCAUAAAUCACAGUGCAGCUUGAUCUAUCAACUCAUAAGUAAAUACUUCACCUGUUGGGAAUCAAUGUUACUAAUCCACGAGGAAAAACGUGCAUGAUCAGGGGCAGUCAAAGAGCCAAAGCUGCCUAAAGGGCUCUUCAAAUGUCCAGGUCAGGGUCCCCCUGUAAACCUUGGAAGGACCCCUCAGUGACUGAGAUUUAGGUGUUUCCAUUGCUAUUAUCACAGCUGCUGGAAAUAGAAACAAAACAGAGUAAAUCACUCCCUAACCUGGGCCCAGGGGGAAGCUUUACUGCAGCAAUUGCUAUUUGAUUUUCUAAACCAGAUGGAAUAGAGUAAGAAAAGAACCACAAACAAAACAACCCAGGCCCAGGUGGGGAGCACAGCUGACGUGAGCAGCCUGGCCUGCAGGCAGCAGGCGAGCUCCUCUGCCCUGUUAACCCUGUGACAAGGCUGCACUUGUCCUGAGGGAAGUCACUGAGCAGAACAGCAUUCAGCGCUGCUCCAGCGCAGCUUUGCUUGGGCACUUGCAACCUGAGGAAUCACGCCAGAAAAACCGCGACCCCUGCGGUUCCAGUGAGGUAAGAUCACCCCGUAAUUCGAGUAAGAGAACCCGGAGCGGCGCGGUCGAUCCCACAGACCUUCUCUGCAGAGGAAGCCCUGAGGCGAACGAGGCGGCCUGCCUCCUCCUGUCCUCCGUGCCCGAAGGACGGCGGCCGAAAACCUCGACGGGACGGGGAGCUGGCGGGGCAGCCCCGUCCCUAGGGAUGGCCCGGGGAGGGCUGGGGCUCCCGCAGCGCUGCGGGAAGAAGCGCGGAGCGGGAAGGGCGGACGGGCCGCCCCGCCAGGCCGCGCCUUUCCCGCCCAGCGCCCGGCCGGGGGGCGGAGCCAGCCCGAGUCCUCCAGGGGCCGUGCGCAAACGGGGCCGCGCUCCAGGCUGCCGUUGGCCGCCAGCUCGGUCUCUAUGGAAACGGGGGCGGAGCGGCCCCGCCCAGCGCUCCGGAGCGGCUGCGAGGAGGAAAUGGCGGCUGGGCUCGGCUGAGGGGCUCGGCGGCGAGAUUUUCCCCCCCACACACACACGCCCCGUCCCCGCGGAGUCAGGAGGAAAAGGAGAAUCCAUAGUAUUUGGUUCUGCUGACAACUCAGAGAUUCUGUCUGGCACUUCUGAAUCAGGAUAUUCAGCAUGUGCUGGAAGGAUAAUGCUGAAUGACUCUGAUCCUUUGCUGCCCUCCUCUGGCUCUCCUUUUCACUCAGCUCUGCAGGGAGAAACCGUUCGAAACUCUAAUGCUGUGUCAGUGUUUCAGAGUGAAGAUAGUGGCAUUCGUACUAUGGAACAAGCUGUAAGUUCUCAACCAGUGCCAUUGGAAUCUGAAUCUAACACUGACAACAUGGAAAAUAGUUCUCCUGCAUCAGUUUUGGAUGACAAAGGUGACCAAAGCAAUGAGGAGGAACAAAAGGCUAUCAAGCCUACAAGUAAGGAGUUCAGGAAAACCUGGGGCUUUCGAAGGACGACCAUUGCGAAGCGAGAAGGUGCAGGUGAUGCUGAUGUGGACUCUAGUGAGCAGCAGCCACAGCAGCAGCAGCAAAGCUUAAACCUCAGGCGCAGUGGGCGGCAACCAAAGCGAACAGAAAGAGUGGAGGAAUUCCUUACAACAGUGAGACGCAGAGGAAGGAGGAGUGUUCCUGUUGCUCUGGAAGAUUCAAGUGAACCAGCAUCCUGUCCAGCUACAGAUGCUGAAACUGCUUCAGAGGACAGUGUUGAGAGCACUCCGGAUACAAAGCCUGUAACUCGGAGGAUUAGCACUAGGAGUUGUAAGGAUCAGAAAGGCUCUAAAAGCAGAUGCACAAAGGAGGAAGAGGAGGAGGAGGAAGAGGAGGAGGAGGAAGAGGAAUUGGAGGCUGAUACUUCUGAUAGUGAUAGUGAUGGGUUAACACUAAAGGAACUGCAAACUCGACUAAGAAAGAAACGUGUUGAACGCAAACCUGUGCAGGUGACAUUGAAGGAUGUACAGAUACGCCUGAGGAAAAGAAGUUCAGAACAAGAACCUGCAGAAACAGGUGAUGUCCAAUCUGAAAAGGAAGCUGAGUCUGAGUUGCCUGUCAAACAAGAGCCUGAGACUGCAGACCACACUGAGAUUGCAAGUCAAGUGGUUGUGUCUGAGGAAGACACUGAAGAUCUUCAGGUUCAGAAGGAGGUAAAGCCUGGCUUUGAUGCAAAAGGGAUCACAGAUGAAGAACCUGAAAAUGUGCCCAAAAGCAAACCUGAGUCUGAGAUUUAUGACCCCAACACACUGUACUGCAUUUGUCGUCAGCCUCAUAACAACAGGUUUAUGAUUUGUUGUGAUAGAUGUGAGGAAUGGUUUCAUGGUGACUGCGUGGGUAUUUCUGAGGCUCGAGGGCGAUUAUUGGAGAGGAAUGGUGAGGACUAUAUCUGCCCAAACUGCACCAUCCUGCAGGGACAGGAUGAGGCUGGUUCAGAAGCAGACCAGCAGGAUGCUAAAGCAGGGCAAGUACAUGUGGAUGGCACAGAAUUCACAAGCAUAGGAACAGUUGAACAAAAAUCUAUUGAGGACCAAGGAAUCAAGGGCAGGAUUGAAAAAGCUGCAAAUCCAAGUGGAAAGAAAAAACUGAAGAUAUUUCAACCUGUAAUUGAAGCUCCUGGUGCAUCCAAGUGCAUUGGUCCUGGCUGCUUUAAUUUGGCUCAGCCUGAUUCUGUGUAUUGCAGCAAUGACUGCAUUCUUAAACAUGCUGCAGCCACUAUGAAGUUCUUAAGUGCUGGCAAAGAUGCAAAACCAAAACCUAAAGAGAAGGUCAAACCAAAAUCUGAAAAACCUGGCAUGCCAAAAUCUCAGCUUCAGACAGGUAUUAAGCCUCUUUCAAACCAAAAGAGACAAUUUCCUGAGAAAAGAGAGAUGAAUAUGAAGAAAGCUGUUCUGCCAACUGCCAAGGCUGAGGCAAAUGCUCCACCUCUUGCUAAAGAGCCAGCAGCAGAAAUCACCCCGUCCUGGGCCAGCGAUCAUAAUUACAAUGCUGUAAAGCCUGAAAGGACUGCUGCCAUUUCACCUGCACUGUUGUUCAAAUCCCAAAGGGAAGAGAAAAAGCAUGAAGACAGAGCAGAGCCUACAUCAGGAUCGAAGAAAGCUGCUGUGUCUCUAAUGGAGAAGCAGACAUCUUCUCUCACUAAGAACCUUCCUUCAAAGAAGUCCUCAUCCUUCUCUAACACAUCACUAGCUAAGCAACCACUUAAAUCUGCUGCAAGCUUCAAAGGUGUCAUUCCCAAGAAACCUUGGCCUUCAUCAGGCAGUAUUCCUUCCUCAGGCAGUAUUCCUUCAAAACAUCCAUCUCUUGGCUCAUCAGUUUCCAAAAAAUCAGCUACAUCCUCCAGUUUGGGUGGAGGACUCAAAAAGCCUUCACUGUCCUCCAGUUCUGCAUCUGGAAGUAGUCAAGCAAAAGCAUCAUCUGGCCCCAUCCCAUCACAGCCCAACUCUCAGAUUCGACAGAAUAUUCGACGGUCCCUAAAAGAAAUUUUAUGGAAGAGAGUCAAUGAUAGCGACGAUCUGGUCAUGACAGAGAGUGAAGUAGGGAGAGUAGCACUCAAUAUUGAAAAGGAGAUGUUUAAUUUGUUUCAAGUUACAGACAACAGAUACAAGAGUAAAUACCGUAGCAUCAUGUUCAACCUCAAGGACCCCAAAAACCAGGGACUUUUUCAUCGCGUCCUUCGUGAGGAAAUAUCACUGUCAAAACUAGUGAGAAUGAAACCAGAAGAACUUUUGUCUAAAGAACUGUCUGUAUGGAGAGAGAAACCAGCUAAAGCAAUGAUAGAGUCUAGAAGCAAAUCUCAUGAAAUCAAGAAAACAGCUGUGAAACGGGACCACACACCAGCUGUAAAUAUGGAAGAUUCGCCUCCAGUGUCUGAUUCUGAUGAGCAGCAGGAGUCAGCCCGAAAUGCAACAAAUGUAAACAGUGCUCCUUCUCUAGAUGUUUUUAGCAGUAUGUUGAAGGAUACCACAAGUCAACAUCGAGCCCAUCUUUUUGACCUGAACUGCAAAAUCUGCACAGGCCAGAUUUCAGCAUCUGAUGAUGACGUACCAGCAAAGAAGGUCAAGUCGGCAGCUCCUGUUAAAAAGGUGGAGUCGAAAUCAAAACCAGAAGUUCAGCCCAAGUAUGAAAGUUCUGCACCACCCCCAGCAGCAGAGCCUGCCAAGGAGACCCUCUCUGAAGAUGCAAUGGACAUUGAUGUUGAACCGGAAGAAGAAACAGUUCCUCAGUCAAGUGUAGAAAGAACUUACAUUCCCACAACCCAGGGCCAUAACAAUACAGACUCUGUUGUGCCUGAAGAGGUACCUGCUUUUCCUGCCACUUGUACUGGCACAGUUGUCACAACUGUCACGGUUUCUGGCAGAGACCCCAGGACAGCAAUGAGCAGCUCCUCUGGCAAUGCCACAGCAGCCCUGCGUUCUGCUGCAGCAUCUGACAAAGCUUCAACUGGGGAAACAAAACAGGACACUUCAAAACCAGUUAUGACCGUCCCCAAAUCGAUAUUAACAAAGCCAUCAUCCUCACCAGAUCCAAGAUACCUGGCAGUUCAUCACUCACCCAAUGUCAAUGCUGCAGAGCCACGCUCCCCUCAGGACAGCGACACCUCCCUCUUCCUCUCUCGUCUCAACACCAUUUGGAAAGGAUUCAUUAACAUGCAAAGUGUGGCCAAAUUUGUCACUAAAGCAUAUCCUGUCUCCGGGUGCUUUGAUUAUCUUAGUGAGGAUUUACCAGAUACAAUCCACAUUGGUGGGAGGAUCUUACCGAAGACAGUCUGGGAUUAUGUUGGCAAACUCAAAUCUUCGCUUUCUAAGGAGUUGUGUUUGAUUCGUUUCCAUCCUGCAACAGAAGAAGAAGAAGUUGCCUAUAUCUCUCUCUACUCCUAUUUUAGCAGUCGUGGUCGUUUUGGUGUUGUAGCUAAUAACAACAGACAUAUCAAGGAUCUCUACCUGAUCCCCCUGAGUUCUAAGGACCCAAUUCCUUCCAAACUCUUGCCCUUUGAGGGACCAGGUCUCGAGUCGUCUCGGCCAAAUUUAAUUCUUGGCUUGGUUAUCUGUCAGAAGGGGAAACGUCUUGCCACUGGCCUGGAAACAGACAAGAUAGAGGAGAAGCGAAGCAGAACUCAAGCACAUGAGGAAGCUGAGACCUCACUGUUCUCGAGAGGGCCAACAGGUGCCUCACAAGAGAAGAGAACUCCAAAAUACGGACUUUUUUCAGGAGAUUCAACUGUAAGUACCACACCACCGGGAUCUCCUCCACCUCCUCCUCCACCUCCACCGCCACCAGACACUUCAGCAGUCACACCUUCAGUAUUAAAAAUACUGUCAUCAAUUAAAAGUGGAUCCACAAGUACUGUGCCACCACCGUCUUCAACCACUGCUUCUGCAGGUGCCACUGCUACACAUUCUUCAUCCUCAAAAACUGCCACUCCUCUCGAGCACAUCCUGCAGACCCUGUUUGGCAAGAAGAAAACAUUUGAGCCUCUUGCUAAGGAUUCUGAAACUGCCCAGUCUUCAAAUCAGGAAAGUCAGGCUGCUGCUGAGGGAGGCAUGUCAGCAGUUCCUCUGUUGGAUCCCAUUGUGCAGCAGUUUGGACAGAUGUCAAAAGACAAAGCUAUAGAAGAGGAGGAGGAUGACAGGCCAUAUGAUCCUGAAGAAGAAUAUGGACCAGAGAAAGCUUUUGAGAUGCAGACUGGUGAAACUGAGAAACGAUACAAUGUGGAAAAGCCAUCUAAUGCAGCAGAACUGGAGGAUGAGGCCUAUGAUCCCGAAGAUGAAACUAUCUUGGAAGAAGCAAAAGUUACUGUUGAUGAUUUACCUAACAAAAUGUUCACUGACUCUAAAAACAAUUCUUCAGAAACAUCUGCUUCGUACGUGCCUGAUUUGUCUGCGUCCUCAUCCUUGGUAGAACAGCAAAAAAUGUUGGAAGAGUUAAACAAACAAAUAGAAGAACAGAAAAGACAACUUGAGGAACAAGAAGAAGCCCUCAGACAGCAAAGAGCAGCUGUUGGUGUUUCAAUGGCUCAUUUUUCAGUGUCCGAUGCUUUAAUGUCACCACCACCCAAACCUUCCCUGAUAAGGACUGAGCUAUUCCAUCAGGACCAGCAAGCUGCACAAAAAGUAGAUUUACCUUCAUCUUUAAAUCAGCAAGCACAAGUUUUAAACCCAGGCUGUGACCCAAGGCAGAGCAGAGAUCCUCGCCAAGCCAGAAGAAUGGUGACAGAGGCUAAUGACAAUGUUGAUAUCCGAAUAAAGCCACAGGUGGUGCAGAGUGAGAUCUCCACAAGAGAAAUUGCUCCAGCAAGUUUUCCAAAUGCCUUGCAAACUUCCCUUGGUAAGGAAGAGAAAACUUUAAUUCCUGCUGCUCAGCCUGGUUUUACUGGUGACAACUGGGUUGCAAGUGAAAAGGUUUCUACAGUGUCCCAGAAAGAGGCAUCUAGUAGCAAAUUUGAAAAUACUGCUCAAGUUAAUUUGGAGAACGUGAGUCAAACAGCUUCUGGAGAACCUCCUGCAUCCAAACCUUUACGUAAAGUGCUGCUUCCGACACCUCCAAGUACUUCUUUCCAGCCUAAUUUCUCCACAUCAAACGAUGGUCUGGCUCUGCAAGACAUGCAUCAAGUAUCCUGGUCAAAUGAGUCUCAGGAAAUGAUGGGAAUGGAUUCUUACUCAAAUACAAUGUUUGCUUCUCAGGAAAAUGCAGCUGGUCACUUUGAAGCAGAGAGGGGUCUUUCAUCCAUGCAAUAUGAUGAACAAAUAAAUCCUCAGUCUCAUCAAUUUGUGGAACAAACGGAAUCCCCAUCGGUUCAGAGUGAGGGUGGACCUUCCUCACAGCACUUUGAGGAAAACCGAGCUGGACCCCCCUUUUCUUUGUCUGGGCAGAAAGGAGGGCCUCCACCAACAAUGAUGGUCAAUGCACCUGGAGGACCUCAUGGACCUAAUUUUAGAGGACCGGCACCACAGUUCUCUGAAGAGCAUGGUUCUCCAAAUAAUGAUGGACAAAGAGGACCUCCCUCUGGAAGAUUUGCAGGUCAGAAGGGUCCCAUUCCUUCCUUAUUUUCUGCACAGCAUGGACCACCAUCUAUUUUUGGUGAUAACAGGGGCCCUGCACCUUCUUACCAUGGUGUUCCAAGGGGAAUGUCACCAUCUCAGUUUGAGGAUUGUAGGGAACCCCCCAUGGAACAAAUGGAAUUCUCAGAUUCCCAAUAUCAUGAAAUGAUUAGGCCUCCAGGACAAUUUGAAGGACCAGAUCCAUCUCAGUUCAUGGGAAACAGAGGACCUUCACCUUUUCCUUUUGGAGGUCAAAGACGACCCCCACCAGCUCAGUUUAAAGGACAGAGGGGAGGGCCUCAGUUUGGAGGGCCAAGAGGUCCAGCCCCGAGUCAUUUUGGGGGACCAAGAGGGCCUCACCCAAAUCAAUUUGAAGGGCAGAGAGGUCCAGCUCCAAAUCAUAUACCUGGUCCAAGAGGACUUUUGCCACAGCCAUUUGAAGAACGGAGAGGGAGUUCACCACCCAGAUUUGCCAACCAGAGAGGUCCAGCACCAGUUCAGUUUGGAGGACCAAGAGGAGCCACACCUGCACUGUACCCAGAAGAAAAUGAACCUCCCUCUUCUAGAUUUCAUUUCCAAGGUCAGUCAGCACAAGGUAUGAAGCCAAACCCAAGACCACUCCUGGACCUUCCAAGCCACCCACCAUCCCACAGAAAAGAGAUGUGGGAGGAGGCUGGACCAUCUGCAUCUCUUUCUAAUGUUUCUGGACAAGGAUCUGAGUUGGAAGGACAGUGGUCAGCCUCUGACUUCCGAGAAGGCAAAAAUCCUGAAUUUAGAGGCCAGACAUUUGAAGGGAGACAGAGAGAGAGAUAUGAGGGAGGGAAUAAAGACAAGGGUUUGGAUCAGCCAGAGCCUCAGCAAGCAGAUAAUCGACAAGGCAGACCCUUUGAGGAGAGACGAAGGGAUCGAGAACACGGGAGGCCUUGGGAGAGAGACCGUGGCAGAAACUGGAGCAGAGACAGGGACUGGGAGAGACACAGAGACAAGGACUGGGAUAAAAACAGAGACAGAAACCAAAACAAAGACAGAGAGAAGGAUUCAGAGCGGGCUAAAGACUGGGAGAGAAAUAGAGACCGAGACAGACCAAGAACCAGAGAGAGAGACUCCUACAGAAGGCGUGACAGGGAGCGGUCAAGAAGCAGAGACAGAGAUCGUGACAGAGAGAAAGACAGAGACCGGGACCGGAGCCGGGAGAAAGAGAGAGAGCGGGAGAGGGAGCGAGAGCGCGACCGAGAGAGGGGCAAAGACCGCAAAGAUCGGAGCAAGAGCAGGGAAACUGGGAAAGAGACGAAGCCAGAAACACCGAAGGAAACCCCAAAACCAACAGAAGCAGAAGCUUCAUCUUCCACUAAUCAGUCGUAGAAUUAUGACUGAUACUGUAUUUCCCAUGAAUAAUUGACUUUUACUACAGCGCAAGGACUGAUUCGGCGUCUUCUGUACAUACUGUAUAUUCUCACCUUUACAAAAUACUAGCCUUACAAAAUGAACGGACAACUGACAGUUUAGCAAUUUUUAAACAACUGUGAAUGAAAAUACUCAAACAGAUGAAAGGCAAGAACAUACUGGACUUCCACUUGCUGCAUUUUGUGCAUAAUGUUUUUUCUUAUAAAAACUCACAGCGUUACCUGUACUUAAAUGUUGUUUUUUUCUACUUGCAUCUUUAUCUUAAAAUUUCCAUUUACAGAACAGAAAUGGAAAAAGUCUAAGAAGAGCAUAUUGCUUUUUAAGAUUAUAAAGUUAUGUUUUCCAGUAACUUGAAUUGUAAUUUUAUAAGAGAAUUUAAUCCAGACCUUAGGAGCCAUACCUUUACAUCUCAUUUACGUGAUAUUUUGGUGUCAAAGUUGUUCCUACAGCACACGCUUGAAAAACAAAAUAAAAGUCCAGUGUUGCUGUCUUGUUUAUUUUACAACAGAAUGGUCGUGUGUGUUUAGGAGAAGAACAACAGUGUUAAUAAUUAUUUGUGACUGAUGGAGGAUUUGAAAACGGAAUGUUAUAAACUUCAAGUGCACUAUCUUCCUUUUUAUAUACAGGUGUUCCGUGUUUUGGAGGGAAACAAGUUAUACUUUGGUUUUCUCAUGAGGCUGAGGAGUUUUAAAUGUUGCAUUUUUACAAAUCUGUAAUAAAAGAACAUACAAGAGAAGCACCUUUAAAACCAGCAAAACUUACACAAAUUCCAGACAUUAAUUUGAAAAAGGCUGAGACUAAAUUGGUAAACCAAAGGAAAGAAGAAUAAAUUGGUUAAACAGGCCACUGAAUCUCUUACCUCUAUUGAAUUGAUUUAGUCAAACUUUUUUAAUUUGUUUGGGUUUUUUGCAUAAUUUUGCCAUAGACUUAAGUCUCAAUUUUAUUGUAGGCUUCCUUCUAAAAGUAUUUUGCUCCAGAAAAAUGAAAAAAGAAGAAAGUGUCACCGUUUUGUUUUGUUUUGUUUUUUUUUGGUUAAACCCUAUUUAGGCUCAGUGUGUGUAUAAAACUCCCCACAAAAAAUGACAUGAGUUGCAUUCAGCUUGAGAAGAAGGAUGGGGGGUACUUCAUGUUGUGAUUCAAGAGGGAAGUUUUUCACUGUGAAAUACAUGGCAUUGCUACUUUUCCAUGUAUUCUUCCAAGUACGUCAUUCUGAAGUAUGAAAUAAAACCCCUGCUAAUUUAUUUCAGCAUGUAGAUUAACAGUUGGGUAGAUGUUUUGAUUUGUUGUUUUUGUUUUUGUUUUUUAAUAAAAUAGUUUGGGAAAUGUAAGAGUAGAUUCCUGUCAGCAUCUUGAAGACUACAUUACAAGUAGCAUGUGUGCAGUGUAUCUCACUAUAGAUUUUACAGUCCAUCUUGGUGCAUCUUUGAAAGUCCUGCAGAAGGAGGAUUUGCUGGUGGAAAAGGUCAUCUGAACCUGUAGACAAAAUGUUAAAAGACAGAGACGUGGUAUUAAAAUGCAAACAUCUACUAUGGUGUAAGAUUUUUUUUCUUAAUGAGAUGUUUCUAAUUUAAAGACAUACAUAAAAGUAUGCAAAAAAAAAAGUGUUUGUUUAGGUUUACUUGAUAGAAAUUUCUGUAAAUUGUAUUUUAUAUUGCAAAUUAUAUCACUGUACAUUAAAAUACAGGACUUCACAGGAUUUUUUGUUACUGUAAGUAGAAUAAACAUCUACAGAGAACUGUU